CGAGUGUCUCCAAAAGACAACUCUAUAAGUACACACAGACACACACCAGCUAAAAAGCAAGAUUCUUGUAUAAAAUAAAUUUAGCCCCGGUAUUAGCGUAGCUUAUUUUCACAGUCAGACUCAAGUCAAUUUGAAGGUAACACGGAUCUAAGUUUAGGUCAGAAAGAUUUUUUGGAUCCUACGACCGGGAAAAAAUAACGUGCAACAUGACAUCACAGUACUGAAACGAAACCUAAACAACCGGAACACAAGUCAUUUAAGUGACUUUUAUGCUUUUGAUAAGUCAGCCACUUAUUUCCAGACCCAUGCAGGCCCAGAUUCCCGAAGCCGCCUUAACGCUCCGUCGUUCGGAAGUUUUAUCUUUUAACACAGAACUUACAAACGACGUCCGAAAUUCUCCGUACCGGUCCGAAAAGCGAAGGGCCACGCCCCCUGCGGAUUCAAAUUAGGCGGAAGAUUGACACACCUAGUCUGCGAAAUAAAACUAAGACGGGAAGUUUUUGAAAACGAGACGGUUUAUUAUAUUUUUUUUUGUUUCCUUUUGGCAUGAAUAGUAAAAAUGUCCUUAUCAAGCUUCACUGCGGACCAAGACCAGUUCAAAUGUCUGAUCUGUCUGCAUUUACUGGAAGUCCCAGUGACAAUCCCUUGCGGACACAAUUACUGUAUGGACUGCAUUAAGAGCAUAUGGAAUCGGAAUGAUGUCACUGGCAUCUACAAGUGUCCCUGGUGUUUCAAGAACUUCAGCCCUCGGCCAGUUCUGAGCAGAAAUGUCUUUCUGAAUAAGAAGAUCGAGGAGAUGAAAAGGUCCCAAACUGGAGUGACAGUGUCUAGCAACUCUGCUGGGAACAAACGGAAGGCCCCGGACUCCCCAGCCCUGCCGUGGUGGGUGCGCGCGUCUGGGAAGCAGAAAGACAUGGUCUGUUCUUUGCACCAUAGGCCGCUGGAUGUUUACUGCCGUACGGACCAAAGCUGCAUCUGCUCUCGGUGUGUGUUGGAGAUGCACCAGUGCCACGACAAAGUCUCUGUGGUCACUGAAAAGACGAAGAGACAGGAACAGCUGGCGAUGGAGAGAAACAGGUUCCAGAAGAAGCUCCAGGAGAGGGAGAGACAGUUGCUGGAGAACAGGAUGACUUUGGAGUCCUUCAUGGCCUCUGCAAGGAAAGCAGAAGAGGACGCUGAGAGAAUCUCUACUGAGCUGAUCCAGAUAAUUAAGGGAAGGUGCUCUGAGGUGAUAGAUGAGAUCAGGAAGCAGGAGAAGGCUGCAGUGGAUGAAGCCAAAACGCUGCAUCAGCAAAUGGACCAGGAGAUUGAUGAGAUGAAGAAAAGAGACUCUGAGCUGGAGAAGAUUUCACACACAAAGAAUCCUGUCCAUUUCUUACAGCAGAGGUGGCCUUUACCGUGCCUCCCAGCAGAACCUGAUGCUCUCCAAAACCUGGCUGUAGACCUGCAGCUUCCCUUUGAGGUGAUGAAGGCAGCUCUGUCUGACCUGAAGCGGCAGAUAGGGGAUAUGUGUGAUGCUCAGGUGAUGAGGAUUUCAAACACAGAUAAUCCCAGUUCUGCUCCUGGGCCCAGUGCUCUUCCAGAGCGACAGUCUGAUCCAGAACAAUCUGAUCCAGAACCGAGCUCCAGACCAGAAUUCUUAAAAUAUGCCUUCAACCUGACUUUUGACCAAAACACGGCCAACCGUGAGCUAACCCUGUCUGCAGACGGGCGAGAGGUCACACGGGGGAGCAAACAGUACUACCCUAACUUCCCAGAGAGGUUCGUCUCUAAGAGCCAGCUCCUGUGCCGGGAGGUCCUGUCCGGUGGCCGUUUUUACUGGGAAGUUGAGCUGGAGGGGAGCAAGGCGGAGGUGGCGGUCACAUACAAAGGCAUCAGCAGGAAGGGGACCACUGGCCGCGCUUCCUUCGGGGGCAACGAUCAGUCCUGGAGCUUAGACUGCAUCAACAGCGUUUACUCUGCCUGCCACAAUUUCAAGCGCAUUGAUAUCAGGGUACCUUACAGUCCCCGGGUGGGAGUGUACCUGGAUCACAGGGCCGGGAUUCUGUCCUUCUACAGCAUCUCCGACACCAUGACUCUGCUCCAUAGGUACCAAACCACCUUCCAUGAACCCAUGUAUGCUGGGUUUUGGGUUGGUACUGGAGCAACCAUUAAACUCUGCCAUCUGCAACAGUAGGGAAUUUGCACAUGUGUGAAGCAGAAAGAGAGAGAGAGAAUCGUGCAUACAAACAAACGGCAGAGUCGUGUAGAAUGUAUCACAUGUAUAAAUUCUGCCUCGCUUGCCUUCAGAAUUAAUCUGCCGUUGUGCAAAUUGAUUUAAAUUUUAAUGAGCGGCUGGCUCCCAUUUCAGAAGUUCUUUCACUAAUGGACAAAUGUGAAAGCAGAUCGGGGAUGAGCCAAAAAUUGUGUGUAUGUAUACUGUAGCUGAUAUUUACUCACGUCUCCUCAAGGACCUGUUUUGUGUACUUGCACCCCCAACACAGAACACGAUAACAUAAACAGAGAUAUAAUCCUUAAUUAAUUCAGAACCGACUCUGAAUUAAGUUGUAGCAUUGCUGUAUUUUACCGUUUACUGUUCUUGGUUUUUGUAUUUUGUAGAUUUUGUUUCCCUAGUGUUUCAUUUGUAUUUGUAGUUCCUGUGUUUCGUGAUUUGUAUUCUGUUUUGUUUUUUGUUUUUUUGCUUAUGCUAUAAGCUGAAGAGUAACAAUUCAAUCUAUAAGAACAUGUUUCCUUUUUUAGAAUUAUGUUAUUAUGGUCUAAUGUAAUUGCAUGUUAUUCUACUAAAGGUAAGAUGUACAGGCGUGGCCUUUCAGGGACAGACGUUAUGGCACAAAGUCAGCACAAAUAAUUCAGUAUUUACCGAAAAUUAACCCCUAAUGCCUGUUUGAUUAAUUAGAAUCCAGCUGUCAGAAGGUCAGACAGUAAAAAUAAGAGCUAUAACUAUGUUUGAACAAACUGGACAAGAUUAUCAUCUGACCAACGAAAGAUUAACCUGCCUUUAGCUCAGCAUCAGCUAUUUGUUGUUAUUUUGACGCCAUCUAGUGGCUCCUUGUAGAAUCAAUCUAUUGUGCUUGGUUUGUGGUUUAAGUGUUUGUGAUGCUGCCAAUACAUAAUUUCAAAAUCAAUCAUGUAACCAGCUGCAAUACCUUGGUUGCCACCUACUGGAGGGAAUUGGAAUGGCAGAAACCAUUAUUUAAAACUGGUAAUUACAUGAAAGUUGACUACGUACCUGGUACAUUUCAUGCAGGCCAUGGUCAGUAUGUUUUCUGAAACAAUAAAGAAAAAUAGAAAUAUAGAACUGAA